GAUGACCACUCUCGAGCCAAUAAAGAAAAGGAAGAAUUAGAUCGUGCAGUAGCUCUCUCUUUGAAUGAAGAUUUAAGCAAACCAAAUGGAUAUAGAUGGAGAACAGCCAACGAUGAAGAUCUAGCGAGGACACUUCACGAUAAUUUCAACUCAGCACCGUACCCUCAGUAUGGCCCUAGAGAUUAUUACCAGGAGGCCUAUAGAAAAUGUGGAGGUUGUGAUCGUGAAAUCGUGCAUGGAAAUUAUCUGGGAUGCAUGGGGACGUUUUAUCAUCCCGAGUGCUUUUGCUGCUGCGCAUGUGGUUACCCAAUUACUGAACAUGAGUUCUCUUUGUCAGGAAAAGACACAUACCAUAAGUCCUGCUUCAAAGAGCUCACACAUCCAAAAUGUGAAGUCUGCCAUCAGUUUAUUCCCACUAAUGGGGCUGGCUUGAUAGAAUACAGAUGCCACCCAUUCUGGUCUCAAAAGUAUUGUCCUUCACACGAACACGACAAUACAGCUAGGUGUUGUAGUUGUGAGCGUUUGGAGUCAUGGAAUACUAGAUACAUAUCGCUCGGAGAUAGUCGUAGUAUAUGCUUGGAGUGCAUGGAGUCGGCUAUUAUGGAUACCGGUGACUGUCAGCCGUUGUACCAUGCCAUUAGGGACUACUAUGAGGGAUUGAAUAUGAGAAUCGAUCAGCAAAUUCCAAUGCUUCUUGUUGAAAGACUAGCCCUUAACGAGGCUAUUGAAGGCGAGAAACACGGUUACCAUCACAUGCCAGAAACAAGAGGUUUAUGCCUAUCAGAAGAGCAGACCGUUACUAGUGUGUCGAGAAGACCAAGAAUGGAGCGCUGUGGACUAGUGGGAAUGAGGACACAACCGCAGAAGCUGGUCAGGAGGUGUGAGGUUACAGCCAUUCUGGUUUUGUAUGGCCUUCCAAGGUUGCUAACCGGAGCAAUCCUUGCACACGAGUUGAUGCACGGAUGGUUACGUCUCAAUGGCUAUCGUCGUCUGAGGCACGAGGUGGAAGAAGGUAUCUGUCAAGUGCUGGCUCGCCUAUGGCUGGAGUCGGAGGUACUAAACAUACCAUCCACCUUUACAGCUUCAUCCUCGUCAACAGCUUCGUCUUCAUCCUCAUCAUCAUCGUCGUCGUCUCCUUGGUCAGCAUCCAAGAAGGGAGGUAAGUCCAGUGUCGAGAACAAGCUAGGCGAGUUUUUCAUGCACCAGAUCGCCCACGACGCCUCCCCAGCUUACGGAGGUGGGUACAGGGCUGCCAUGGCGGCAGUGAACAGGUACGGUUUACGACGUACCUUGGACCAUAUUCGACUCACGGGAACUUUCCCGGAAUAGCAAGUUGAGAUGGAAAGAGGAGCUCCUCGGAGAAGAUUGAGUUGAUCAUGAAAAAUGUGCAUCACCUCCUCCUAAUAUUUUUUGGGGCCUUGUCUGAGGAGCCCUUUUGAUUGCAGUGACAAAAAUACUCUGAAUUCAAUGUUUUUUUUUUUUUUUAAUUAUUAUUAUCAAACUCUGGAUCAUAUCAUCUAUUCAGACAACUUUAAAUGUGAAUGCAUAGUAUAUGUAUGAAAAUUGGGGUUUCUUUUUUAAA